AUGCAGAAACAGGAGACAGAGACAGUGCUGGUGCAGCUCGUUCUAAUCAUAUUUCACAUCUCCAUAAGAGGAUAUGAGAGCGCUGCACCAUCACACAGGUGCAAGGCUUCAGGGCACAACAUCACGGACAGUUCUGAUACAUAUCUGUGUGGUUUCUCCUGCCGCACCCUGGACCAUGACUGCACCCUGGACCAUGACUGCACCCUGGACCAUGACUGCACCCUGGACUAUGACUGCAUCCUGGACCAUGACUGCACCCUGGACUAUGACUGCACCCUGGACCAUGACUGCACCCUGGACCAUCACUGCACCCUGGACCAUGACUGCACCCUGGACCAUGACUGCACCCUGGACUAUGACUGCACCCUGGACCAUGACUGCACCCUGGACUAUGACUGCACCCUGGACCAUGACUGCACCCUGGACCAUCACUGCACCCUGGACCAUGACUGCACCCUGGACCAUGACUGCACCCUGGACCAUGACUGCACCCUGGACCAUGACUGCACCCUGGACCAUGACUGCACCCUGGACCAUCACUGCACCCUGGACCAUGACUGCACCCUGGACCAUGACUGCACCCUGGACCAUGACUGCACCCUGGACCAUGACUGCACCCUGGACCAUGACUGCACCCUGGACCAUCACUGCACCCUGGACUAUGACUGCACCCUGGACCAUGACUGCACCCUGGACCAUCACUGCACCCUGGACCAUGACUGCACCCUGGACCAUCACUGCACCCUGGACCAUGACUGCACACUGGACCAUGACUGCACCCUGGACCAUGACUGCACACUGGACCAUGACUGCACCCUGGACCAUCACUGCACCCUGGAUCAUGACUGCACCCUGGACCAUGACUGCACCCUGGACCAUCACGGCACCCUGGACCAUGACUGCACCCUGGACCAUGACUGCACCCUGGACCAUCACUGCACCCUGGACCAUGACUGCACCCUGGACCAUCACUGCACCCUGGACCAUGACUGCACCCUGGACCAUGACUGCACCCUGGACCAUCACUGCACCCUGGACCAUGACUGCACCCUGGACCAUCACUGCACCCUGGACCAUGACUGCACCCUGGACCAUGACUGCACCCUGGACCAUGACUGCACACUGGACCAUGACUGCACCCUGGACCAUGACUGCACCCUGGACCAUGACUGCACCCUGGACCAUCACUGCACCCUGGACCAUGACUGCACCCUGGACCAUGACUGCACCCUGGACCAUCACUGCACCCUGGACCAUGACUGCACCCUGGACCAUGACUGCACACUGGACCAUGACUGCACCCUGGACCAUCACUGCACACUGGACCAUCACUGCACCCUGGACCAUGACUGCACCCUGGACCAUCACUGCACCCUGGACCAUGACUGCACCCUGGACCAUGACUGCACCCUGGACCAUGACUGCACCCUGGACCAUGACUGCACCCUGGACCAUGACUGCACCCUGGACCAUCACUGCACCCUGGACCAUGACUGCACCCUGGACCAUCACUGCACCCUGGACCAUGACUGCACCCUGGACCAUGACUGCACCCUGGACCAUGACUGCACCCUGGACCAUGACUGCACCCUGGACCAUCACUGCACCCUGGACCAUGACUGCACCCUGGACCAUCACUGCACCCUGGACCAUGACUGCACCCUGGACCAUGACUGCACCCUGGACCAUCACUGCACCCUGGACCAUGACUGCACCCUGGACCAUGACUGCACACUGGACCAUGACUGCACCCUGGACCAUGACUGCACCCUGGACCAUCACUGCACCCUGGACCAUGACUGCACCCUGGACCAUGACUGCACCCUGGACCAUGACUGCACCCUGGACCAUGACUGCACACUGGACCAUGACUGCACCCUGGACCAUGACUGUACCCUGGACCAUCACUGCACCCUGGACCAUGACUGCACCCUGGACCAUGACUGCACCCUGGACCAUGACUGCACCCUGGACCAUGACUGCACCCUGGACCAUCACUGCACCCUGGACCAUGACUGCACCCUGGACCAUGACUGCACCCUGGACCAUCACUGCACCCUGGACCAUGACUGCACCCUGGACCAUGACUGCACCCUGGACCAUGACUGCACCCUGGACCAUGACUGCACACUGGACCAUGACUGCACCCUGGACCAUGACUGCACCCUGGACCAUGACUGCACCCUGGACCAUCACUGCACCCUGGACCAUGACUGCACCCUGGACCAUGACUGCACCCUGGACCAUCACUGCACCCUGGACCAUGACUGCACCCUGGACCAUGACUGCACACUGGACCAUGACUGCACCCUGGACCAUGACUGCACCCUGGACCAUGACUGCACCCUGGACCAUGACUGCACCCUGGACCAUGACUGCACCCUGGACCAUGACUGCACCCUGGACCAUGACUGCACCCUGGACCAUCACUGCACCCUGGACCAUGACUGCACCCUGGACCAUGACUGCACCCUGGACCAUCACUGCACCCUGGACCAUCACUGCACCCUGGACCAUGACUGCACCCUGGACCAUCACUGCACCCUGGACCAUCACUGCACCCUGGACCAUGACUGCACCCUGGACCAUCACUGCACCCUGGACCAUCACUGCACCCUGGACCAUGACUGCACCCUGGGUCCCACAUGGACAGAAACUUAUGGAAGUGCCUAUCCAUCCAUCCUUUUUCUUCCGCUUCAUCUGUGGCCUGGUCGCGGGGGCAGCAGUCUGAGCAGAGACGCCCAGACUUCCCUAUCCACACACACUUCCUUCAACGAAUCCUAG